GACGGCACAAAAGUGGUAGAGCGGAUUCUUGGACCUGGUGUAACAGGCCUUGUUGUUCAGCAGGGAGGCUAUGCUCUCACGAUUCCUCAAUUAUCUGGAGAGAUUGGUGGGGAGCCACCGACGAGGGAAAGUUUCUCUCUUCGGAACGAAGAGCGCUCCCAUCGCAUUAGAUCUAUAGAGGACGAGAAAGCUAUCUACCGCAGACUCGGCAAUCAGCCUUGCGUCGUUCGCUGCGAUUAUAACCUUCCGUCCGCAGAACACCUAAUGCGGAUGGAGUUGAUGAAU